AUGGGCCAGCCCGGGCCCCCCGGGGACAAGGUCUCUGACACUCAGCUGUCUGGUGCUCUGGCCGCCCCCGACCAUGCCCCAGCUGACGUCAUUCCCGGCCCCGAGGACUCGGACCUGGUGCCCUCUCUGACCCUGGCUGCAGCCCUGGUCCUCUUGUUCCUUCUGUUCUCCUUCUGGCUGGCUCUCUCCAGCUCCGGGGCCGUGGGCGAGCCCCAGACCGAGUCUCCUUUCCUCAUCAGUCCGCGGGCCGGUGGGGCCACACUGCUCCUCUGCUCCAUUCUGCCUCCUUCCCAAGAGGGCCCUGAUGUGUCCGUGGUGGCAGCAUGCCCACUAAACUCACAGGUCUUCCAGCCGCGCUGCUGCCGGGUGGCCAUGGUGGAGGCCGAGGCCUGCUUGGCUGGCCGAGCUGUGGGCGAGUGCCGACCCCCCGAGUUCUCCCGGGAGCGUCAGAGCUGA